CUAACAACCCUGGAUCAAGCUGACACACUGAGAAGAACUGCUGGACACAUACAGACUGGUUCGGGCGGACAAGCUGACGCCAGGUUUGUGAAGAACGUGGCCACAGUGAUCAGCGUCGAGUCUACAGCUACUUUUGAGGAUAAAGUCACGACCCGAAGCGAGUUGCUAAGAAAUGUUGAAAAAUUGGAUUCAAGAUCGAAGAACAGCAUCGAGCAAGUGUCCUCUGUUCUUGGUGCCACUGUCGAAAAGGCAAAUGAGAUUGAACCAAGCGGUCUGGAAUACGGCAUUAGAACGGCCUGCAGACUCGCCAACUACUUAGAACGACUUAGUGAUGACAGUUCUAGUGUGGUUAACAGUGUGGCAGCCGUGCAGGUGAACGCGCUCAGCAAUUUGCUGAAUGUGGCAGCAACGCAUGGUGAGGAGAUCAGUAUCUCGAAUGAAACGGAUCCGCUUGCAAAGCAAAACAUGACAAAACAGAACAUUCGCCAGAGUACUUUAGCUACAGAAGCAUUGGUCAAUAUCGCUAAUGUCCUUCUCAAAACAAUUUCUAAGGUCAACGAUCCCAUUAAGGUACCAACUGAGUUCGUGGACUUCAUUGUGGCCUGGAAUAACGUCAGUAAAGAGACAUCAUUU